AUGGGGCUCCCCGCGCUGGAAUUCAGCGACUGCUGCCUCGACAGCCCGCACUUCCGAGACACGCUCAAGUCGCACGAAGCGGAGCUGGACAAGACCAACAAGUUCAUCAAGGAGCUGCUCAAGGACGGCAAGACGCUCGUCAGCGCGCUCAAGAAUUUGUCUUCAGCAAAGAGGAAAUUUGCAGAUUCCUUAAAUGAAUUUAAAUUCCAGUGCAUAGGAGAUGCGGAGACAGAUGAUGAAAUGUGUAUCGCAAGGUCUUUGCAGGAGUUCGCCACUGUCCUCAGGAAUCUUGAGGAUGAACGGAUACGGAUGAUUGAAAAUGCCAGUGACGUGCUCAUCACGCCCUUGGAGAAAUUUCGAAAGGAGCAGAUUGGGGCUGCUAAGGAAGCCAAGAAGAAGUAUGAUAAGGAGACAGAGAAGUACUGUGGCAUCCUAGACAAACACUUGAAUUUGUCCUCCAAAAAGAAAGAAUCUCAACUCCAAGAGGCUGAUAGUCAAGUGGACCUGGUCCGGCAGCAUUUCUAUGAAGUAUCCUUGGAGUAUGUCUUUAAGGUGCAGGAAGUCCAAGAGAGAAAAAUGUUUGAGUUCGUGGAGCCACUGUUAGCAUUUCUGCAAGGACUCUUCACUUUCUAUCACCAUGGUUAUGAACUGGCCAAGGACUUCAGUGACUUCAAGACCCAGCUGACCAUCAGCAUUCAGAAUACAAGAAACCGCUUCGAAGGCACCAGAUCAGAAGUGGAAUCACUGAUGAAAAAGAUGAAGGAGAAUCCUCUUGACCACAAGACUAUCAGUCCCUACUCCAUGGAAGGGUAUCUCUAUGUUCAAGAGAAACGUCACUUUGGAACUUCCUGGGUGAAGCACUACUGUACUUAUCAGCGAGAUUCCAAACAAAUCACCAUGGUACCUUUCGACCAAAAAUCAGGAGGAAAGGGGGGAGAAGAUGAAUCCGUCACUCUCAAAUCCUGCACACGGCGGAAAACAGACUCGAUUGAGAAGAGAUUUUGCUUUGAUGUAGAAGCGGUGGACAGGCCAGGGGUUAUCACCAUGCAGGCCAUGUCUGAAGAGGACCGAAGACUUUGGAUGGAAGCCAUGGAUGGUCGAGAACCUGUCUACAACUCGAACAAAGACAGUCAGAGUGAAGGGACUGCACAGUUGGACAGCAUUGGCUUCAACAUAAUCAAGAAGUGCAUCCACGCCGUGGAAACCAGAGGGAUCAAUGAACAAGGACUCUACCGCAUUGUAGGGGUUAAUUCCAGAGUGCAGAAGCUGCUGAGUAUUCUGAUGGACCCCAAAACAGCUUCUGAAACAGAAACGGAUAUCUGUGCAGAAUGGGAGAUCAAGACCAUCACUAGUGCUUUGAAGACAUACCUCAGAAUGCUUCCAGGACCACUCAUGAUGUACCAGUUUCAAAGAAGUUUCAUCAAAGCGGCAAAAUUGGAGAACCAGGAAUCUCGGGUCUCUGAAAUCCACACCCUUGUUCAUCGACUACCAGAGAAAAAUAGGCAGAUGUUACAGCUGCUCAUGAACCACUUGGCAAAUGUUGCUAACAACCACAAGCAGAAUUUGAUGACAGUGGCCAACCUUGGUGUGGUGUUUGGACCUACCUUGCUGCGGCCCCAGGAAGAAACAGUAGCAGCCAUCAUGGAUAUCAAAUUUCAGAACAUUGUCAUUGAGAUCCUCAUUGAAAAUCAUGAAAAGAUCUUUAAUACCGUGCCUGAGAUGCCUCUCAGCAGUACCCAGCUGCACCUGUCCCGGAAGAAGAGCAAUGACUCCAAGCCCCCAUCUUGCAGCGAGAGGCCCCUGACACUUUUCCACACUGUGCAGUCCACAGAGAAACAAGAACAAAGGAACAGCAUUAUCAACUCCAGCUUAGAAUCAGUCAUCUCCUCGAAUGCAAACAGCAUCCUUAACUCCAGCAGCAGCCUACCACCCAACAUGAACUCUAGUGACCCAGACCUGGAUGUUCUCAAACCUACUCGACCCAACUCACUCCCCCCGAAUCCAAGCCCAACUUCACCCCUCUCACCAUCCUGGCCCAUGUUCUCGGCGCCAUCCAGCCCUAUGCCCACCUCAUCCACGUCCAGCGACUCAUCCCCCAUCAGCACUCCAUUCCGGAAGGCUAAAGCCUUGUAUGCCUGCAAAGCUGAACACGACUCCGAGCUCUCGUUCACGGCAGGCACAAUCUUCGAAAAUGUUCACCCGUCUCAGGAGCCUGGCUGGCUGGAGGGAACUCUGAACGGAAAGACUGGUCUCAUCCCAGAGAACUAUGUGGAGUUCCUCUAACCCAGGGCCCCAACAUAACUGCUGAGAAGUCCAUGACAACUGCUGAUUCCAGUGUUGGAGACCAUUUAUCCUUGGCACUGAGAAAUGGAUGGUGACUGACUCUCUGCUGCUACUUGUCUACACAAAUGUCCCUGUGAACUCCAGUGCCACCCAGCCCCAUAAGCAUCUCAGCUGAAACUCAGUCAUGCCACCUGAAACAGAAGCAGACCAGCAGAAGGCUCACCGAUUUUGAUAACCCAAGCCAAAGGCUGACAACUUGGAUUCUCUCUUGUAGGACCCAAACCAGAAACAGUCCUUUUGUUUCAAUAGUCAUUCAAACCCCUAACCUUCUGCAAAAAAGUUAAGAAAUGAGUAGGCCCCACGAACCAUGCAGUGUGAAGAGGUCUGACAGGGUUGGGCAGUGACUCAGAGCCCUAUAUGCACAGCUCUUGUUUACAGUAGACAUGCUCUCUCCCCGCCUCUGCAGGUUUGAGACUCACAGUACUACCUACAGGCAGCAGGCUUGUAUGUUUGCAUGCAGACUGGAGAGGGGUUAUGGCACUGUUUACAUCCCUUCCAAUCUCUCACCAUCUCUGAAGCAGCUAUUGGCCCAGAAUCAGCAAGGUUCAGCCCAGUGCUCUCAUGCAAGGGAACAUCCACACCCCACAUUCCCCCGCCUUCAAGCUAGAAACUUCUCUGCCACCAAGCUCUGCAUCACCCCAUCACCAUGGCAACACAACCUACUCACAAACCAAACCAAAAAAUAACAUGCUCGCUUUGCAUACCUCUCUCUCUCUCUCUC